AUGCCUGAAACUAGACUUUCAGAGAACGGAAAUGACAAUGCCUUUCCUGAGCACACAAGACCCCCGCAUGUUACCACCGAGCAGCCGGAAUCGCUGCAAUUACAGCCGAACAAUGUUUCUGACUCAGUUUCUUCUUCUACAAGACAGUCUUUUGACGAGCAUGAUCCCAUGAAGCUGGGACUCGAGAAGAAUAACAGCAGCUCUUCCGAAAACGCUCCACAAGCUUUCACCGGCGCUGACAUGGAGGCAUACCGCAGACCAUCCACUGAAACUCACUCGUUCGCUGACGAGGAGUUAUCUAGAGAAAUGAGCAGACGCUUGACCAACGCUGAUGAGCUCCAGAAAUUAGCCCUAGAGUCUGAUGAGCCCAUGCCUACCAUGGGAGCAGGAAAGGACUACCCACCAAUGCUUCCUAAGAGAGAUCCAUACGCUGUGGCUUAUGACGGGCCAGACGAUCCAUUAUUUCCGCAGAACUGGGGUUUCUGGAAGAAGGUGUUUUGCUGCGCUAACGUCGGCUUGUGUGCUUUGUCGGUAUCCCUUGGCUCUGCUAUGUUCGCUGCUGGCUCCGCACAGAUCAUGGAGCUUUUCGAGGUUGGUUCUACUGUUGCCACGCUAGGAACGUCGCUUUUCGUCUUCGGCUUCGCCUCUGGCCCCGUUAUCUGGGGACCCAUGUCUGAAUUGUACGGAAGAAAGAUUGUUCUUUUACCUUCAAGUUUCGGUUACGUCUGUUUCUGUAUGAUGGUUGGUGCUGCUAAAGAUAUUCAAAUGGUGAUGAUCUGUCGUUUCUUCGCUGGCUUUAUCGGCGCCGCCCCAUUAGUCGUUGCUCCUGCUGUACUUGCUGACAUCUUUACAGCUAAGACUAGAGGUCAAGCAAUGUCUGUUUUCGCAAUGGUCUUGUUUGGUGGUCCUAUGUUGGCCCCAAUCAUUGGUGGCUUCAUCGCCAAGAACCCUGACAUGGGCUGGAGAUGGACCUCGUACAUUGCCGGUUUGAUCGGUGCUGUAUCAUUCAUUUGCCUUACUCUCUUUUUGGAUGAGAGUCAUUCUGCCAUUAUUCUUAUUAAGAAAGCUGAAAUCUUGAGAAGAAGAACCGGUAACUGGGGUAUUCACGCUCCACAUGAAGAAACAAGCUUGUCUAUUAAGGAAAUUGUGGAGAAGAACAUUUCUAGGCCCUUGGUGAUGUUGUUCACUGAACCAAUUUUGUUUUUGAUCACCCUUUACAACGCUUUCAUCUAUGGUUUACUUUACUUGUUUUUGACAGCAGUGCCUUUGAUCUUCCAGGGUAGAUACCGUUGGGCCCAAGGUGUCGCUGAGUUGCCCUACAUUGCGAUGUUCAUUGGUACCUUCAUCGGCGGUCUUAUCACUAUUUAUAUGGAGAGAGGUUACGGAAAAGCAAUGGAUAAAAACAACGGUGUACCUGUUCCAGAGGCAAGAUUGCCUCCAAUGAUGGUUGGUGCAUUUUUCUUUGCCAUUGGUUUAUUCUGGUUAGGAUGGACUGGUGACUUCCCUGAAGAUGUCCACUGGAUUGUUCCUACCAUCGGUACAGCCCCUAUUGGUAUUGGUCUUCUUAUGAUCUUCUUGCCAUGUAUGAACUACAUCAUCGAUUGUUACCUCCUUUAUGCUGCUUCUGCUUUGGCCGGUAACACUUUCUUGAGAUCUGCAUUCGGUGCCGCCUUCCCACUUUUCGCCAGACAAAUGUUCGUCAAUAUGCAUAUCAAGUGGGCAGGCACCUUAUUAGGCUGUGUGGCCGUUGUCAUGAUUCCUGUGCCUUUCUUGUUCUACCGUUUUGGUAGAACUAUCAGAGCCAAGUCUAAGUACGCCUUUGUGCUUUAG